CUCCUGACCUCAGGUGAUCCGCCCGCCUUGGUCUCCCAAAGUGCAGGGAUAACAGGUGUGAGCCACUGCACCCGGCCCGCACACAUGCUUUUUGGGACAGCCAUUACACUUCUGAAUGCGACAGAAGUGCUUUAUGCAUACUUUCCAUUUGUUAGCGCAAAAUGGUAAGAAGAUGUAGCUCUGGGGAGAAGAGUUAAUAAAAUUAAUAAUAUUUACUCUCAUCAAGCACAUUCUUAAAUAAAAUGGACUGUUUUCUCCUUUUUACUGUGAGCAUAUGAAGGUGAAAGAUAUAAUGGUUACUAGUACUAAUAGUUUUGUGCUGUUACCUUAAAUUGUGCUAAGUGUCAGUAGUUUGACCCCACCAUUGCUUUUACAUCGUAAGUGUAAAUAUAAAGGCAUUGAAAAAGGGCAAAUAGCAUCUUAGUUAUUAUGAAAAUAAUUUUGACCUCAUUGAUCACUUAAGAGUCUCAAGGACCCCUAGGGUCCCGUGGUUUACUUUGAGAACUGCUGUUAAGCUAUUUGAGGGUCGAACUAAUCAUCCUAAUAUCCCCUUUCAGUUCCUGGUCCAGAACUUUACACAGAAAAGGUGCUCAAAGGAUAUUUGUUUAAUGAAUGUGGUAUGCUGACAUUUAAACAGGACAAAACUUGUAGAACUUCAUGGAGGAACACGGAGUGACCCAAACUGAACAUAUGGCUACCAUAGAAGCACAUGCAGUGGCCCAGCAAGUGCAGCAGGUCCAUGUGGCUACUUACACUGAGCACAGUAUGCUAAGUGCUGAUGAAGACUCGCCUUCUUCUCCUGAGGACACCUCUUACGAUGACUCAGAUAUACUCAACUCCACAGCAGCUGAUGAGGUGACAGCUCAUCUGGCUGCUGCAGGUCCUGUGGGAAUGGCCGCUGCUGCUGCUGUGGCAACAGGAAAGAAACGGAAACGGCCUCAUGUAUUUGAGUCUAAUCCAUCUAUCCGGAAGAGGCAACAAACACGUUUGCUUCGGAAACUUCGAGCCACAUUAGAUGAAUAUACUACUCGCGUGGGACAGCAAGCUAUUGUCCUCUGUAUCUCACCCUCCAAACCUAACCCUGUCUUUAAAGUGUUUGGUGCAGCACCUUUGGAGAAUGUGGUGCGUAAGUACAAGAGCAUGAUCCUGGAAGACCUGGAGUCUGCUCUGGCAGAACACGCCCCUGCGCCACAGGAGGUUAAUUCAGAACUGCCACCUCUCACCAUCGACGGAAUUCCAGUCUCUGUGGACAAAAUGACCCAGGCCCAGCUUCGGGCAUUUAUCCCAGAGAUGCUCAAGUACUCCACAGGUCGGGGAAAACCAGGCUGGGGGAAAGAAAGCUGCAAGCCCAUCUGGUGGCCUGAAGAUAUCCCCUGGGCAAAUGUCCGGAGUGAUGUCCGCACAGAAGAGCAAAAGCAGAGGGUUUCAUGGACCCAGGCACUACGGACCAUAGUUAAAAACUGUUAUAAACAGCAUGGGCGGGAAGACCUUUUGUAUGCCUUUGAGGAUCAGCAAACGCAAACGCAGGCCACAGCCACACACAGUAUAGCUCAUCUCGUACCGUCACAGACUGUCGUCCAGACCUUUAGUAACCCUGAUGGCACUGUCUCACUUAUCCAGGUUGGUACGGGGGCAACAGUAGCCACAUUGGCUGAUGCUUCAGAAUUGCCAACCACAGUCACCGUUGCCCAAGUGAAUUAUUCUGCCGUGGCUGAUGGAGAGGUGGAACAAAAUUGGGCCACGUUACAGGGAGGUGAGAUGACCAUCCAGACGACGCAAGCAUCAGAGGCCACCCAGGCGGUGGCAUCAUUGGCAGAGGCCGCAGUGGCAGCUUCUCAGGAGAUGCAGCAGGGAGCUACAGUCACCAUGGCGCUUAACAGCGAAGCUGCCGCCCAUGCUGUCGCCACCCUGGCUGAGGCCACCUUACAAGGUGGGGGACAGAUCGUCUUGUCUGGGGAAACCGCAGCAGCCGUCGGAGCACUUACUGGAGUCCAAGAUGCUAAUGGCCUGGUCCAGAUCCCUGUGAGCAUGUACCAGACUGUGGUGACCAGCCUCGCCCAGGGCAACGGACCAGUGCAGGUGGCCAUGGCCCCUGUGACCACCAGGAUAUCAGACAGCGCAGUCACCAUGGACGGCCAAGCUGUGGAGGUGGUGACAUUGGAACAGUGACAUACAGCCAUAUUAUGGCAUCGUUUUCUAGUCUACUUCAAAAUUUUUUACACGUUUGCAGAGGUGCAAUCAAAUGGAAUUAAGUCUCUCGACUUUGGAAGAAAAGUUUUGUUAACCUUUUUUUUUUUAAAAGGAAGAAAGGCAGCGGAUUUUGGAAUUGCAUUUUUUAAAGCACCACUCUUGAUUUUCUGGGAUUGGUGGAGUAAGAAACUGCGUUGUCAAUUUCACUGUCCCAAAAAAGCCAAAUUGUGGCAGGACUUCUUUCUGCGGAAAUGUGUGUGUAUACUUAUGUGUGUGUAUGUGUGAGUGUGAAUAUAUGUAUAUGUGUACAUAUGGACAUACACAUUUACAUAUAUAUAAAGUAUAUAUAUACAUAUAUAUAUAUGUAUGAAACCCGCAUGGAAUUAUCUGUAUGAAAUCAAGGUGAGCUGUGGAAACAAUAAUUCACCCAGUUUAGUGGGUGGUAGGGUACGUGGCCAGACACAGUCACCCAGUUUUUGUUCAUACCAGGGUCAUGCGUUGAGCUACUGACAAACUCAGGCGGAGGUGACCAUGCCCUUCACCAAAGCUGCCUCCCAGUGGCCACACAGAACUCUCCGUGCUGGACUCACCUGAGGAAAGAGGCUCCAGCAUGGGGCGGGUCAGAGAUGUGUUUGCAAGGUCCAGGGGCUGCGUGGUCUGCCAGCUGAGACGCUCCUCGGGCUGGCCCAGGUGCUGACCUUGCCACAGGCAGAUGAAUGUCUCGAAAGCUCCCGGGCCUCAGCCUCCCAUCUCCUCUCCUUCCCAGGAAUCCUUCUUGAUCUCAUGACUAUUAAAAUGUUGCUCUGGUUUUAAGGUCAGUCCUGAAUUGCUCGUAUAUAUGAACUGAAGGUAACAGAAGUAUUAGGGGUUUGAGGAGUGCGUGCGUGUAAGUGUGCUUGUAUGUGUGCGUGCAUGGUAGGGGAGGGGAUGGGAAGGGGGUUGGAGGGGUUGGAAGGGAAAGGAAGGAAAGGAAAAUCUUCCUAGACCAGGAUACACCUGUGGGAGCAAUUUUCUCUAGCUGUCUGUAGCUUCACAGAGGAGGCGCUGGAACGAACAGGAAGGGACACCUGGUCUGUGGCCACAGCACCCUGAAGGUCCACGAUCUUGUGUGAUCUUGGAAGCUAAGCUUGGUUGGGCCUGGUCAGUACGCGGAAGGGAAGAAGGGACACCCGGCCAUAGAAAACGGCUGAGGGUGUUUGCUGUGUUCCUGGAUCAGGCCCUGCUUCAGAAGGGACUCCUGGAGGCCCAUAUUCCUGGAUGCAGCCUGGAGGCCCAGGCUGGGAGCAGCUUGCCUCUUCGGAGGUGUUGACUGACUGGGUGUUCUUGAUAACCGGUAACUCUGUCUUUCUCAGCUGCAAGCCCUGAGUCUCCCGUGGCUGAAUUCACCUGACUUUUCGACAGGUCAAAUCUCUGCUCCUUGAGUACAGGAACAGCUCCUCCUCCCUCCUCCCAGCUCUCCCCACGUGUGUGAUAGUGUAUUUAAUGUGUUUUUUUAAUGCGACAUUAAAAGAUUCUCCACGUCUUGCUCAACCUUUGAGAGAAGUUUCAGAUUCUUGUAUUUGCUUGUUUUAUAUAAAACUAUCUAAUGUUCUUUAUAUGUUCUUUUCUGUACGUAAUGGGGGGAGGGGAGGGAAAUUUACAUAUAAAUAGUCCUAGUUCUACAAUGUGUUAUUUUUUUAAUUAUUAUUUUUUAUCGUCAUUGUGAAGUUGUCCAGGGACUUUAAAGUCCAUGUUCCUUUGUGGUGAAAUAACCUCCAAAUAGUUUGAGAAGUUGCCAAGACGAAGAAAAAAGCGAAACCCCAGUAGCAGAGCAUGGAUUCUGUGUUGUUUCCCAUUCUGUCUUUGACUGCCUCAUUCAAUAAAUAGUUCAAAAUGUGGCAACGGGAA